CUUACUCGACCUAAUUUAGGCGCGUCCUGAAAACAAAAAUCUGAUCAAAAUAUUCGAGGGAUUUUGCAAUUUUGUAAAAUAUCUCAAUUAAAAGAACAUUGAAGAUCAUGGUGUACACUAAACGGAAGCGUGGUCGACCAUCUAAAGCAGAACUGGAUGCCCAGAACGGCAAUAAUCGAGAAAAGACUCCUGUUUUACAAGCGCAGCAAUCGGAGGAAGAAGGAGAGGAAGAUCUGGUUCCCCACGCAUCGAUACCCGAUUCCCUGCAGACACUGCUAGAGACCCUGUCCCAGCAAGCGGCCCUGAUUCUAGAGCAGAACGCGCGGAUCGAACAGCGAAUCACAUGCCUAGAGCAGGGAAUCUCUCGCAUUGACCAGCAGAAUGGACUGCUGGAGCUCCAGAAUGACCGUAUCGAGCAGCAGAUCGUCCGGAUUGACCAGCGUACCGUUAAGAUGGAGGAACAGUUGAACUACAUUAGCACACCCGUUAGCAUCGAGAACCGAGCGGAUGCUUCAACACCGGAAAAGCGAACGACGCAGACCUCCGAAGCGGCCACAGAUGGGCUCUCUUCCGCGGACCAACCAUUCAGCAUACGGCCAGCCACAACCGGCGAUGAAGUGCGUCACUUGAAUGCCAUGCUCGGCGAUAAAGCCUACUGGGAGGAAGCGACCAAAUGGUUGGACUGGAACGUGUAUGAGGACAAAUCCAGGGACCGCAUGAACAAAACCAUAGACUUGCUGAUCUCACCGGCCCUUCAGACGAAAUGCUACUGGAACUCGGCCCUGAACGACUCCAAGAUGCCGUUGCUAAAAUCUCAGAGGAACAUUCUGAACGUGAUUAAGCACAUUAGUGCAACGCACUGGGAAACGGUGACGGAUGCAGCUGUGGAGGAAUUUGUUGCCAGAAAAAUAAGACUCGCAAGGCGUAACCAAACGCGGCAAGGUACCGUAGUACCGCGAAGUAAAACCAUUCGGGUGACGGUGAACUCUUGCGACGAAACCUCGGUCGAGCUGGAUGAAAACACUUCGAUCGAUAGUUCCAUCGAAUCCGAGGAUAUCGACAACGAUCAGCAGCAGCAACGACAGGAGCAGACACAUGAGAUCAAUGAGGAGAAACUGAUUAAAGAGACGCAUCAUACCUGGAACGACGAUGAUACGUCGCUCGAUUUGGAUGAGGACGACCUAGACUCGAUCGAUGAUGAGCUGGAAGAAAUUGAAUUUGAAUAAUACAGAGCAAACAUGAAACUUGA